AUGGCGGCGGAGGUUCUGUAUCGUAAUUCAACAAUAAACCGGGAGUUUUCUGAUGUCCUGGCUUCACAUUUGAAAGGCGUGGGGCGUAUGUUUUAUAUACAUUCCCCUGAAGAAACGCUGUACGAAAAACCGGAGGAUGUGCCGAAUUUUUUUAGACAGUCAUACCCAUACUUCAUAAUAUUUAUGAUAAUCGAGCACAUAGUACUAAGACUUGAAGGAAAGAAAGGAAUUCGACUGAACGACGGCGUAACGAGUAUAUCUCAUGGGAUAUUUCAGGAGUGUGGCAGAUUGGUGUGGCGCGGAGCGGAGUCCUAUUUAUACACAUGGAUCUAUAGUAACUAUAGACUCGUCGACCUCCCCUGGGACAAUACGCUGACGUGGUACGCCGCGGCCCUGGGGGUUGAUUUCUGCUAUUAUUGGAUGCACAGAGCGUGUCACGAGAUACACAUAUUGUGGGCUCAGCAUCAGGUACAUCAUACAUCUGAAGAUUUCAACAUGGGCGUGGGCAUCAGACAGUCAGUUCUACAAGGCUGGUGUGGAUUUGUGUUCUACCUACCACUGGCUCUAGCAAUUCCGCCCGCCCAAUUCGUCAUGCAUCACCAAUUCAGCUACUUAUACAUGUUCUGGAUUCACACAGAAUCGAUCAAGAGCUUGGGACCCUUGGAGUACAUUCUCAACACACCGAGCCAUCAUAGAGUACACCAUGGCAGUAACAAGUACUGUUUGGAUGUCAACUACGGAGGUGUACUUAUCAUCUGGGACAGAUUAUUCGGCACCUUCCGGCCAGAAACGGACAAAAUUGAAAUUGUGUACGGGCUUAUUUACAAUCAACCGUCGUUCAAUCCGUUCUAUUUGCAAAUUUUCUACACAGGGUAUGUGAUAGAAAAAUUCCGAAGCUUUGACAAUUGGGAGCACAAAAUCAAAGCUAUUGUUUGGGGACCUAGCUGGGAACCUGGUACUGCUCGGCUUGGUGACGAUGACUUGAAGGAAGAUAUUGAAUCGAGGGAAAAAUACGACGUUAACCUUCCUACAUGGUGUAAUGUUUACAUAAUUAUACAUUAUGCGGUAGUUCUAUACGGUUUCUUCGAGCUCGCUUCGCGAUACUUGGGAAUGACACCGAUCUCAGUUCUCAUAUUCGUUUUCUACAUCAUGUCGUCGCUUACCAUAAUCGGAAUGUUAUUCGACAACUCGAAGUAUGCGCCACUGCUGGAAGUUUUACGUUGUUCAGCUCUCGCUUUCCUUUCGAGGAGUAUAACCACGCCGAAUGCUGUCACGACGCUCCUUCAAAUAUUCUAUGUAGUCUCCGCCAUGUUCUGGUGUCUCAACACCAUGAAACUACUGGAAAUCAAGAGAACUAAAUUGGAAUAA